AUGGAUCUACCACAACACCCCGAGAAGCGUCGUUCAAGUCGAGCAGGCAACAGAGGCUCAAAGCGCUCGCGCACACCUUCCGAACCCCAUGCUAUCAGCUCACACGACCGAGAUCGCACAGAGCACACAAGGAAGGAGACACCCACUAAUACAACCAAAUCACCGCAACAGCUGGAAGAGCCCGUGAGACCCCAACCGCGGCAAUAUCUACGCAAAUACGAAGAAGAGUACCUCCCCUUUAACAAAGAAGAGCGCGCUUUCCCUUCCGGAGUAGCAUAUGCCCACGGCUCUCUGAUCAUCGGCUCAGCUCUCCCCGACCAUGGACUCAUGACCGCCAAAACGAAACUACUACAUCGCGGAGAGAAUCUCAACACGGGGGAGAAGACUCUAGUCACUCUCACUACACCCGAUACGCGCGAAGUGGAUUUUGAGGAAUUGGUGGCUGUACAUCAAGCUGGUUUGGCUGUGGAUGAGGAGGGUCGGGCUCGAACUGGGCUUGUUGUACCACCGAAAUUCUUCUCGAGGUCUAGGCAUGAGGGUCGACGGAGAAGUUUCUCUGAGGGGGAUCGAGCGCCGAGAGUUGAGGGAUCGAUUCGAGCGAAGAAAUCUAAGGGGAAGCGAGCGCAGUCUAGCGGACCGGAAGCUUAG